AUGGAUCCUGCGCCGAGAAACCCGCAGAGGGCCAAGUCAACAAAGAAGACCACACCCUUGACAACUUGCUGGAAGGCCGACCGAUCCGAAGCUAAUAUUCACUUGGCUGUAUACAAGGUGGCUCUACCAGAAGAUCGAUUCUUCGAACUGCGUGUGCAGACUGAUACACUCGCCAACGCUAUUGAUACCUCCAAGACCAUAUCAAGAGAUCUAGGGCCUUGA